AUGAAUCUGACAAAUUCUGAAAUCCUGUUUCAAAUCUCAAAGAAAUCAGAACGACAAAUUAUUGGUUUAAUGUCAGGAAUAGUUCUUAAUUGUUUACAACAAUGGAAUAUCCCAACUACCGACGUCGACCUUAUAGCAAGUCACGGACAAACAGUUUAUCACGCUCCAAAAUCAUUCCAUGGAAUGUGCGGUGAACCAAAUUCUACUCUGCAAGUUGGUGAUGGGGAUCAUAUUUCAGUGAAAACUGGAAUUCUUACUGUAUCAGAUUUUCGCCAAAAGCAUGUCGCUGCUGGUGGAGAAGGAGCACCGUUGGCGUUAUAUGGUGAUUAUUUCAUAUUUUCAAAACAAGGGGAAAAUCGGAUAAUGUUAAACAUUGGUGGAAUUAGCAACAUUUCCUGCCUUUACGGAGAUUUGGAUCCUACGAAAGCAUUUGCGACAGAUUUGGGACCUGGUAACACAAUGAUUGAUACAUUUACAAGAGAACAUUUCAACCAAGAUUGCGACUACGAUGGAAAAAUUGCCAAACAAGGCCAAGUGAACAUGUUAUUACUGACUGCACUCAAAAGUCAUCCGUUUUUUAGUGCACCUUUCCCAAAAACAACUGGUCCAGAAUUGUUCAACCUGAGUUAUAUCCAAAAUGCUCAGAUUAGCAGCGCCACUACGAACAUUAGUAACAAUAAUAUUGUCGCAACUUUGACUCGAUUCACCGCAGAAGUCAUAGCAGACGGGAUUAAUAAAGUUUGUGUUGAAGAUCACUCAUUCAAAAUUUUUGCGAGUGGUGGGGGAGUACACAAUCCGGUUUUGUAUGAUCAUAUUCAAAACUUGUUAAGUCAGACUCAAAUAAAACUGACUGAAGAACUGGGAAUACCUGGAGACGCUAAAGAAGCUAUUUUAUUUGCGACGUUAGCCAAUGAACUGGUUGCCGGGGGUCGAACGAAUUUUGGAGAUCGGUUAGGAAUUCCAAGUGUAUCAAUGGGAAAAAUCUCAUUUCCUGGUUAG